GCAGCACACCUAACGCUUCGCUUUUAGCAUCUAGGGUCGAGUCACUAUUAUCCGCAAACCCAAAACUAGCGAACCUUCGCGAUCCAGAUGAGCGACUACCAAUCCACUGGGCCGUUUCCUAUAACCAUCUUCCCAUCGUCCAAAUCCUCGUACAAACCAAGACCUUCGACCCCGACGUGACCGAUGGCUCAGGCUGGACACCGUUAAUGAUGGCAUGCAGUCGCAAAGAAGCCGACCAAAUAGUCGACGUACUACUGAGCAAAGAUGCAGACGUCAAUGCAAAGAACAACAACGGCCAGACCGCCCUCCACUUUUGCGCCUCCAAAGUCAACCUCGACAUCGCACGUACACUCCUCGGCCAGAAACCGCCAGCUUCGGCGCGAAUAAAAGACAAGAGGGGACAAUUGCCAUUACACCGGGCGGCAGCAGUGGGCAGCGUGCCUAUGAUGAAGGCUCUGCUAGACGCGAAGAGCCCCUUGAAUGCAACGGAUAUGGACGGCAUGACAGCACUGCAUCACGCCAUGAGUGAAGGACAUGGCGAUGCAGCACUGUUGCUGUUGACCAUGGGGGCCGAAUUUGACAAGAAAGAUAAAGAUGAACACGUGCCGUUAGACCUGGCUCCAGACGCGAAGACGAGGAAGUUCAUUGUGCAAGCGGCAGAAAGAGAGGGCAUAGAGUUAGAAUAGGGCCAAUACGGGAACUAAAGCGAGGGAUAGAGUAUUGCAUUGAAGGAGUUUACAUGAUACCCAGGAUCAAGGCGAAGGUGGAGGGCAUCGCGUAGCAAUCGAACCUUGUCUGUUUGUCUAAAUGUAUACGGUGCUAGCAUAUUACUUUGACGAGCUCCAAGAGGCGAUUGUGAAGGAUCUGAAAUGAAACAGAGAGGAGUUGCUGGUAUUAUCUUGAAUUCGCCUAAGUUUCAGGG